CACACUGCCUCUCAAGCUCCUCAGGUCAAAAAAGCAUGGCUCAAAACCAUUCCGCUCCGCCCAUGAUGGCUACCGCCAGCAGCGCUGAGCUCCUGCAAGCUCAGGCAGAGCUCUGGUGCCACGCCAUGGCCUACCUCAAAUCCAUGGCGCUGCAGAGCGUGAUCAAGCUGGGGAUCCCUACCGCCAUCCAUCGCUGCGGCGGGGCUGCCUCCCUGUCCGAGCUGCGUGCGCACCUCCCGGUCCCCGCAAGCAAGCUGCCAUGCUUGUCCCGCCUCAUGAAGCUGCUGGUCACCUCCGGAGUAUUCGGGGAGAGCGAGGCAGGCGCGUACUCUCUCACCCCGGUGUCGCGCCUCCUCGUGGAGGACGAUGCCGAGGGCAGCCGGACAUGCCUGUCGCCGUUCGCGAUCCUAGCCUCCUCGCCGUUCCAUCACCGAUCGUCUCAACGCCUGCCCGAGUGGUUGGAGAAGGAGGAGGGUGAUGCCGCGGCGGAGACGCCGUUCAUGAUGGCGCAUGGAGCGGGGUUCUACGGCUAUGUCGGCCGUGACUCGGAGUUUGGCGCGCUGUUCAACGAGGCCAUGGCCGCCGACAGCCGCGUCACGGCGCAAGUCGUCGUGCGCGAGUGCGGCGAGGUGUUCGCGGGGUCAGCGUCCCUGGUCGACGUCGGAGGUGGGGAUGGCACCAUGGCGAAGGCCAUUGCAAGGGCCUUCCCGCAUGUUAGAUGCACGGUGUUGGAGCUUCCUCAGCUGGCCGGCAACAUGCCGGCGGAUGGCAUGGUUGAGUUUGUUGCAGGUGACAUGAUGGAAUUUAUCCCUCCAGCUGAUGUUGUCUUACUUAAGGUACGCAUGACUAUGAUUGAGUAG